AUGAAUUUUUUAGAUCUACCAGUUGAAGUAGGGGUGAUAAUAUUUAAUUAUUUAGAUACUAAGACGAAAAUCGAUGUUUACAAUAGUUCUGUUCACAUCAGGGAGUAUUUUGCAUCGGGCUGGUGUCAUUUAAAGAAUGUUAUUCUAUCCAGAAGCACCCUAGCAACUGUGAAGACCUUAAAUGACAAGUUAUUCGUAAAUCUCGCAGAACACAUCAGCUGUUUAAAUUUGAGUGGAGUACAAGAUCUGACCGUGCAAAACCUCAAACCACAUAUAAGCAGAUUUGUGAACCUAAAAUCUUUAGACUUAACUUUCACAAACAUCUACCUAUCAGACAUAGGCGAAGUGUGUCCAAAAACUGUUAGAAACAUCGGUAUUAACUUCUUCAAAUGUCCCAGCAGUUAUAAAAAUGAACGUAUAAACGAAAAAUGCAGAGAAAUAUUCAAAGAAAGACAGUUCAAAGUCAUUCACUUCGUCAUCUUCGAGUUUAUUGUGUCAGCGUCUCCAUUGAAGUUCUUAAAUGGCGUUCCUCUGGUACAAGACUUGAAAUUAACAGUGUCUGAUAAUUACAAAGACUUUUUCGAUUUAAGUCAUCAUGAAACCAGCUACAGCAAUCCAUAUGAAAUUGAAACGAAUUUCUCCAAGCUGACUUACUUAUUCCGAGAUUGUGCUGUGACUCAUAAAAUGUCCGCACAAUUGGACGGAAUAUCGAGAUUAAACUUCAACCAACUGGAGUAUAUUUUUGUGAUGUAUUUGGAGAAAAUCGCAAUUUAUGUGUCGCCGAUAUUUUCCAGCAUAUUUCCAAUACAGAAUUACAUGAACCAUUGCAACGAUUUCAAACUUGAAAUCAGCUCUUACCUACCGCAAAACUUUAUGCUGGAUGGCAAUAUUAUAUUUAAGGCGUGGAAUAAAGCCACUACGACUUUUGAUGAUGUUUUCUUCAAAAAGCUAAUGUUGGAGUUAAAGGAUUAUUUUCCAACUUACAUUUGUAUGCAUAAUCAAACAAAAAUGCAGAUUGUCAAAGGCCCAAGUAAUUGGUACUGUAUCGACAGCUGCGAGAAUUUUGAGAAAAAGUUGGAUUAUGUUCCAGAAAUGGUCACUCUAACUGAUUUCUGUCGUCGAGACGGCGUGGUAAUGAGAUGUCGACGACCAAUUAGCUUAUGUAAGGAAUCUAAAACGAUACGGCACUUAACAUUUUUGAGGAUAAACAACAUACCACUUAGGAAGGAUUUUUUUACCCACCUAUUUACUGCUUGUCCCAAACUGGUAACUUUGGAUAUUUAUGUUGAAAAACAUGGCAUGAUCCGCGGCUACACACAAUCUCUGUCGAAGGCGAUUCAUUUAGCAAAGUUAAAGAAUUUCAUGUUGACUUCCGAAGAUGUUGAAUACGAGAUUAUCUUUGAGAUUUUGAGUCACUGCAUCAGUUUGGAGAAUGUGCACAUUUGUGAAUAUGAGAGAGCUGCUAAUGACGACGAGGUUGUUACCGCAAAUAUUGUUAAGUUUAUAGAGCAAUGUGUGAAUUUGUACAGUUUGUUCAUUGAAGCUGACAUGUCUGGCGAGGGUCUAACGAUGCUGAUGGCUCCUUUGAGAGUAACAGCGCAGACUUUAGAAAGAAACCAUCUCUGUAUCGAAGUGUGUGAGUCUUAUUGUGGUUGGAAUCCAUUUGUAGAUGUUUUUAAUCCAAGUCCUUUACAUAUUCUUAAUUGA